AUGAGUGUAGACUUUGCUUGGUUUUUUCGCAAAGAUAUCCGGAUGUGCUUCAAGUUAGCCGCAGCCGCAGUUCAAGACAGCCGCAGCCGCAGGACAUACAAAAUAGCCGCAGCCGCAGCCGCGGAAUAUACAACCUUGUCCGGCCUCGGGGGUCAAACAGUGGGUCAGUCUCAAGGAACCACCCAACUUCUGUUUCACACCGAAGAUGAUGAGUUUGAGGUAAAUGCAUACGUUGUGCCUCACAUCACCGGAAAUCUUCCCAUGCAACCGUAUCCACCAGUUCCAGAAUUCAAAUCAUUGGGGCUAGCUGAUUCAUCUUAUAAUAAUCCAUCAAGAAUUGAUGUUUUGUCGGGAGCUGACAUUUAUUAUUCAUUGGUAUCUGAUGGUCGUAUCAGCAGUACCUCUGGACUCACGGCUUUUAAAACUCGAUUGAGGUGGGCAGUGGGAGGACCGAUUCAUGCACAGUCAUAUAGCACAUUUAUUAAACCUGUUGUUAUCAAUUUGGAUGGGGCACUUGCAAAGUUUUGGGAACUGGAAGAGAUACCCGUCCGAGGUCCAGUUCCAUUUUCAAGUGAAAAUGAGGAAGUGGAAAGGCAUUUCGCUUCUACUCAUUCACGUGAUUCUACUGGAAGAUUCGUGGUCCAGCUGCCAAUGAAGGAGCCCAUGCAACCACUAGGAUCCAGUAGAAAUAUUGCAGUCAAACGCCUGGAGGCGAUUGAACGAAGGCUUGCCAGGAAUGAUGAUUAUCGAAAGGAGUAUAAUCGCUUCAUGGCAGAUUAUGAGGGACUCGGUCACAUGAAAUUAAUUGGUGAUUCGGAGAUAAAUUCAAGUAAUAUGACUUGCUAUAUUCCUCAUCACUUUGUUUUGAAAUUAUCAAGCACCACGACCAAGUUUCGGGUAGUGUUUGAUGCAUCAGCAUACACAAGCAAUGGAAAUUCGUUGAAUAAUUCCAUGAUGGUUGGACCGACCAUCCAGCCACCCUUGACUACAAUUAUUAUGCGAUUUAGGAAGCAUCCUAUCGCUUUCUCUGCAGAUAUCACAAAAAUUUAUCGCCAGAUCAAGGUUGCCAGAGAAAACCAGGAUUUGCAGCGAAUUGUGUGGAGACCACACCCAUCAGAGCCAAUUCGUGAUUAUCGUCUCACCACGGUGACUUAUGGAACAGCAGCAGCACCAUAUCAAGCAACAAAGGUUCUUCAAACACUUGCAGAAUAUGAAUCAAAUAAAUAUCCAUUAGCAGCGGAAAUUGCUAUCAAUGAUUUUUAUGUUGAUGACUGCAUGUCUGGAGCCAACACUGUGGAUGAGGCCAUCGAGUUAUAUAAUCAACUGACUGGAUUGAUGGCAAGUGGAGGGAUGGAACUUCGCAAGUGGAGUUCAAAUUCUCCCGAAUUACUCGAUCAUAUUCCUGACGUGCAACGGGAACUUGAAACUUUGAUUGAAUUGGAUGACCCAGCAGUGAAGAUGCUUGGUAUUUCGUGGAACACCCAGAGAGACUGUUUUCAAUUUCUGGUGUCAGACUUGAGUCGCAGUGGUGCGACACCCUUGACGAGGAGAAACAGAUUGUCAGAUAUAGCGAAGCUAUUCGACCCUUUAGGAUGGUUUGCACCAGUAACCAUUUCUGCAAAAAUAAUGAUGCAAGAAUUGUGGAAGGCCAAUCUGGAUUGGGACAUUCCAGUUCCGACUGCACUCGCUGACGUGUGGGUGAAGUUUCGAGAUUCCCUUACAGACCUGGCUUCUAUUUCAAUUCCCAGAUGCAUUAAUUCAACUUCUGUCCACUUAGCACGAAGACUUGUUGGAUUUUGUGAUGCUUCUGAAAGAGCUUAUUCGGCUGUUAUUUAUUCUGUAAUUUUGACGAAUGACGAUGCAGCGGUCAUCUCACUCAUAGCAGCAAGAACAAGAGUUGCACCAAUUAAAUCUGUGUCCUUGCCACGACUUGAGCUUUGUGGAGCCCUGCUUCUUGCCCAAUUACUGACUUCAGUCCGAGAAGAGUUAAGAAUGGAAUUUGAUGAAUCUAUUGCAUAUACGGAUUCCACAAUCGUCCUGGCAUGGAUUAAGACAAGUCCACAUCUUUGGAACACUUUUGUCGCCAACCGUGUCAGUAAAAUUCAAGCGUUGAUGAAUUCAAAUUCAUGGAGACAUGUUCCGGGAAUUGAAAACCCUGCUGAUUGUGCUUCUAGGGGAAUCAUGCCAGACCAACUUCAACAUCAUCCCUUAUGGUGGAAAGGUCCAGGAUGGUUGGGAGAGGUGGACUUGCCCUACCAAUCCGUAGUUAUUCCAUAUCAUGACCAUGAAAUAAAGCAAGUGAAGGCAGUCACAUUUACAAAUACUAUUGGAAAUAGUGAAGAUGUUGACCUUCUUCACAAAUAUUCAUCACUUCGAAAACUGAUUGCAGUUACAGCAUGGAUGAAGAGAUUUGGCAAAAAUUGCUCUUCUUCAGUUAAUGAGAGAGAACGCGGUCCACUUUCACCUCAAGAGUUAAACGAUGCUCUCAUGAUUUGGAUUCAUCGUGCUCAAAAUGAUGUUUAUCAAAGAGAGAUCAAGGCUCUGACAUCCCAUAAAAUGUUGUCUCCUAAAUCUCACAUUUUGAAACUCAACCCAUUCGUUGAUAGUAGUGGAACCCUUCGAGUUGGUGGUCGCUUAAGGAAUGCCAGCCAACUUUCUCCUGAUAGAAAGAGGCCAAUCCUUCUCCCACAACAACAUAAGUUGACGGAACUUUUGAAUCUCAUUUGGAUAACCUGCAUGCUGGUCCUCAAUUGCUGCAAUCAAUAA